GUGAAAAUGGAAAGUAAAGAUUCAAAACUAAUAAAGAAAACGGGCAGGAAAACCCCUAAGUACUGUUGUAUUUGUAAAGGAAUUUACAGAGGAAAGGUUAUUGAUGGGAGAAAAGUGUCAUUGCACCGUUUUCCUCAGAACAAACGUUUAAAACGUGUGUGGGUGCAGCGAUGUAAAACGGUCAUGAGAUCGUUCCAGUGGAAUGAACACAGACGAUUGUGUAGUGAGCAUUUUGUUGGCUUCAGAGGACCUUCAUUCCAGCAUACACUUCCAUCUAUGUUUCCAACUGAGACUGGUGCUACCAAAACCUUCCAGCCAACGCUCCUUGAUGAAGACGUAGGUGAUGAUGAUGAUGGUGAUACGGUCAAUGACGAUUUAGACCUAGAACUGUCAAAUGAUGAUAGUAUACAGCCACAACUGUCAUUUGUAUCCCCUUCCGGGCAUGCCAUUGAUACCUCUGUCCACCUGCAUGAUUACUGCAUGGGACCAGUACUACAGCCACAGAAUCAGUCCUUUAGAUGUUGUGACACACAGACUGAGAACAACUGUGCAGUGAUGGAAGUACAAACUGAAGAAAGUUUCCUGGGAAAAAACAGCAGACUUCAGUUCACAAACAGAACAUUCUACUAGAGACUUUGGUGUACAAUGUCAGCUACCUAUGCUCACAUAUGAUGACGUAAAAUACAAUGACGAUUUGGUCAGUUUUUACACCGGAAUCCCUA